AAGUAAUAAAUGAAUACUUAUCUCUUGGUCACAUGGAGGAGGUACCUGUAAAUGAAAUUGAGAGUGUUGAUGCUAUUUACUUACCUCAUCAUGCUGUAGUAAAAAAUGAUAAAGAUACAACGAAAGUACGGGUGGUCUUCGACGCCUCCUGUAAGGGAACAAAUGGACGUUCACUGAACGAUUAUAUGUUAGUAGGACCUGCUUUACAGUCUGAAUUAAGACAUAUUAUGAUACGGUGGAGAACUUGGCCUAUUUGUUUAUCUGCUGAUGUAGUCAAAAUGUACCGUCAAAUUCGUGUUAAUAAACAAGAUAUUAAUUUUCAGCGUUUAUUAUGGCAAAUUGAAGAUCAAAUUAAACAUUAUAGAUUACUUCGUGUUACUUUUGGGACAGCAUCUGCACCCUAUCUGGCAAUAAAAACGCUGCAACAAAUAGCUGAGGAUGAAGAAAAUAGAUACCCAGUAGCUGCUGGAAGGGUAAGGACUGACUUUUACAUGGACGAUCUAUUAACGGGCUGUCAAGAUAAAGCUGAAGGUAUAAAAAUAUAUAAAGAAAUGAAUGAUUUACUAAUAAAAGGAGGAUUUGAGUUACAAAAAUGGACAACGAAUGAUAAUGAGUUGUUAAUAGAAAUGAAGGAAUCUAGAAAGACAGAUGAUCUGAAAGAAGAAUUAAAAAUAAAGACAGAUGAUAUUAUUAAAAUUGUAGGACUUACCUGGAAUCGUAGACGCGAUGCCUUCCACUAUACUGUAAAGCUGCCAGACCUGAAAGAACCAAUUACUAAAAGAAAAAUUAUUUCUGAUAUAUCACGUUUUUAUGAUCCUCUGGGAUGGGUAGCGCCAUGCACAAUUCUUUUCAAAAUUAUUAUACAGAAACUAUGGUUAACAGGAAUUGAUUGGGAUGAAAUAGUACCUGAAAAAAUACUUCAAGAAUGGAUUAAAUAUCGAAAUGAACUAACUAUUUUAACUGAAAUUGAAAUACCGAGAUGGAUAGGUACCAAGGCAAGUGAUGUUAAAGUUGAGUUGCAUGGGUUUUGUGACGCAUCACAAUCGGCUUAUGGGGCGGUUGUGUAUGCUCGCGUAGUUGAUUUGGAGGGAAAUGUUCGAGUCACAUUGAUCUCUGCAAAAACAAAAGUGGCGCCGGUCAAACAAGUGUCGGUUCCCAGAUUGGAAUUGUGUGGAGCAGUAUUACUGACUAAACUUUUAAUUGAAACUGCAAAGGUAUUGAACAUCCAAAAGACUUACCUGCAUGCGUGGACUGACUCUACAGUAGUGCUCGCAUGGAUUAAUAGUCAUCCAAAUCGUUGGAAGGUAUUUGUUGCAAAUCGUGUGUCUGAAAUUCUGACCAAUUUAGAUAGUCAUUAUUGGUCGCAUGUUGGUACUAAAUGCAAUCCCGCUGACCAUGCGUCCAGAGGGUUGUAUCCAUCAGAACUGAAAAAUAAUGUAAUGUGGUUUGAAGGUCCACGAUUCUUGCAUGAUAAGGAAAUACUGUACGUAAAACCAAAAGAUAUCGAAACAGAACUAGAAACAGCCAAAGUUCAUAUUACAGUUACAACUUGUUUUAUAUGGGAUAAAUAUUCUUCGCUUAACAGAUUGGUAAGGAUAAUUGCAUACUGCAGACGUUUUCUGAAUAUCAGAAAAGGACGGAAUGAUACGUCUCGUAGUAAGUACCUCUCUGCGAAAGAAUUGAGUGAUGCUCUGGAAACGUGCGUAAGGCAGUGUCAGAGAGAACAUUUUCUAGAGGUUUUUAGUAACACUAAUAGUACAAUGAAGACAAAUAGACUGAAGGGUCCACUGAAACCAUUGAACCCGUUCAUAGACCAAAAGGGCUUGUUGAGAGUAGGUGGAAGAUUAGAACAUUCCCAAUUAUCCUAUAAUCAGAAACACCCUCUAUUGAUCCCUAAACAGUCUUCGUUAACCACACUUUUGAUAGCGGAUGCACACAUGCAAACUUUACAUGGUGGACUGCAAUUGACUCUAAGCUAUCUUCAGUCAAAAUUUUGGAUAUUGGGCGGGAAACAGCUAGUAAAAUCAUACUGCCGUAAAUGUGUAACAUGCAUAAAAAACGCAGGUACAACUCAAAGUCAAUUGAUGGGACAGUUGCCAUCAAGUAGAGUUACUCCUACACGUCCAUUCAAGCACAGUGGAGUAGAUUAUGCUGGUCCCAUUCAGAUCAGAACAACUAAAGGCAGAGGUUUCGGAUCCUAUAAGGGAUAUAUAUGCCUAUUCGUUUGUAUGGUCACUCGUGCGGUGCAUAUAGAGGUUGUGAGCGACCUUACAUCGGAAGGAUUUCUAAGUGCUUAUAAACGAUUUGUGGCUAGGCGUGGUUCCUGCACAGAACUCUGGAGUGACAAUGGCACGAAUUUCGUUGGUGCAGCCGUUGAACUUAAAAAACUGUUCCAUGCAGAAAAUAAAGCUGUAAUGGACGAAGUAGCAGAAUCACUGGCAAUACUUGGUUGCACAUGGCGUUUCAUUCCUCCGCACGCCCCUAAUUUUGGAGGACUUUGGGAAAGAGGUAUCCGAUCAGUGAAAUACCACCUGAAACGAAUAAUAGGCAAUUCAACGUUAACGUACGAAGAAAUGGCUACAGUACUCAUUCAAAUCGAGGCUUGUUUAAACUCAAGGCCUCAAUCAGUACUCAACGAUGAUCCUGAUAGCUUAAAUGUAUUGACGCCAGGACAUUUCUUGAUAGGAGAACCGUUGAGAACAGCCCCUGAUUAUGAUUUUACGUCAUCCAAUGUGAGCUCUUUAAGGCGGUGGCAAUAUACACACAGGAUAGUGCAAGAUUUUUGGCAUCAGUGGUCUAAAGAAUACCUAAUUAAAUUUUUCCAUCGUUAUAGAUGGGCAUCACAAACUCCGCAACCAAAUUUAGGGGAUGUAGUAGUUAUAAAGCAAGAGGGUUUACCUCCAUCUCGUUGGCUUUAUGGCAGGAUAGUUGCUAUUCAUCCAGGACAAGAUAAUAUAAUUAGAGUAGUAACAUUAAAAACUAAAAAUGGAUGUCUUAAAAGGCCCACAUCAAAAUUGUGUAUUUUACCAAUAGCCAAAUAA